AAAAGAGAGCAGAAAGAAAAGCAAACUCACAGCAACUCAGCAGGAGGUACAAGAGAAACUCAACUUCCUUGAAAACAACUAUCGGGAGAAGGAACAGGCUCUGAGAGUACAAUUUGAGAAUCUUGAGAAAAGUGCAGGAUUUUAAUUUCUCAAAGAAACUUCUUACUUUUGUAGCCGUCACAACUCCUGGCUAACAUGUCCAAAAUGGAGGAUCAUGUGCUCAUUAUACCCUCAAAACGGUUUGUCCAAAUUCUGCAAGAGUUAAGAGAUGCAUUUGGGAGCCCACAGAGCAUCCAGCAGAAGAUCCCAGCGGGUGAGGGCUUAGCAGGAAAGGAAAUCAAACUGACAACACAGGACAUCAAGUGGUGUCAUGAGAAGAUGCGAGAGAGGGGCAUCCCAGAGCGCGUCCAUGAACUACUGGCAGAGAGUGAGAUCAUCUUGCCCAAAUAUGAACCACCCCCGAGGAGCCCAGAACUUGAAGCCAGGAUUCAAAGGCUGCGGUUCGAGCAAGAGAACCGCGACUACAAAGACAUGGUCAAAAGUGUGGAUAACGUUUACCAAGGAGAUGGAACACAGCUCGGAGAAAUUGGCAAAGAAAUGCGGAUUGUUAAUAGGCAUAUCAUUUCAGGGCUUCAGUACCUCUUGUCUGUUAUUGGCACUUUCUUUGCAGUAUUUAUCGCAUUGGGUAUGGCCACUCAGGACUACGGAGUGAGGGCUCUGGUAGCCACACUGGCUGCAUUGGCGGUCGGCUUAGCAGAAAUGUAUUUUAUUAUCAGGGAAGAUUUAAAGGAAGAAAGAAACCAGGAUAAAGUGAAAUAGUAACAAC